UUUAUUGUCCUCUUUGGAAGCCAACUCAAGUUACCCAUCCAUCAAUCUCCAUUUCGAUCUGCUGCUAGCUCGCUUGCUUGGUGUAAAGAAAAGAUAGUUCCCUUUUUCCUUGGCCGCUACUAGCUGGCUAGCUAGCUAGGAGGAGUAGCCGGUUAGCCCAUCAUCCCUCUCACAUCACAUCCUGCUUCCCCUCCGCCCUACCUCCUUUUCUGCAGCCCCCGCCCGGCCACGCACACAAAUAACACCAAAUAAAUUUGCUAGCUUGCUGCUUUGCUGCUUGCUUGAAUGAUUGCUAGCUUCAUUCUCCAAGCAGAUCGGGCCAGCCCGCGUCUCCAGCGACACCUAUAUCAUAUAUAGCUCGCUCAAUCGGCUUGCCACGAUUCGGUCGAUCCUUGGUGUGGAAGAGCAUGCUAGGGAAUUAUUGAGCGGUUGGCGGUGAAGCUCUUCCUCUUGCUUGCUCCCGGCGAGCAUCCGCUAUAGAGGAGAAGAGAUCGGCGGGCCGAGGGAGUGGAGAACCCUAGCUAGCUUGCGCGCUCGCCAGCCAUGUGCGACUACUUCCUCCAGAGGAUGGAGGGCGACCAGGCCGGCGGCGGGGACCUCACAGACAUCGUGCGGGCGGGCGGCGCCAUGCCGGGCAAUAACGACGGCGACGGCACCAACCUCCCGUCCACGGCCGCCGAGUGGCAGCUGCAGCCCGCGGACCAGCCGAUGCUGUUCCCGCCUCCUCCGCCGCCGUCGGCGUCACCGGGGACCGGCGCCGACGUCUUCGGCGACCCUUUCGCGGGGCUCGGGGACCCGUUCAGCAGCGACUAUUCGUCGGGCGCCCCCGAAUUCCUGGAUGGCAUGCCAGACGCCAUGGCCAAAAUCGGCUUCGAAGCGGGCCCCGGCGGCGGCGUCAACGGCUGCGGAGGAGGCGGAGGCGGAGGCGGUGGCCAGAUGUUCGACAUGAGCAGGAAGCCGCUCUUGCCGAGGGGGAUGCAGAUGAUGCCGGCGGGAAUCGGUGGUGGGAUGGGGCCGAGGCUGAUGCAGUCGUCGCUGUCGCCCAUAGCGAUACGCCCGUACCCGGCCAUGACCGCGGGCGACAUGGUGAAGCUCGGCAUCACGCCCGGGCAGGCGGCCGGGUGCGCCAUCGACGCCGCUAUCGGCGGCAUGCAGAUGUCGUCGUCGCCGCGCAACAACAACAGCGGGAUCAAGCGCAGAAAGAACCAGGCAAGGAAGGUGGUGUGCAUUCCGGCACCGACAACGGCGGGUUCAAGACCAACCGGUGAGGUGGUUCCUUCUGAUCUCUGGGCAUGGAGGAAGUACGGCCAGAAGCCUAUCAAGGGCUCUCCUCACCCAAGAGGGUACUACAGAUGCAGCAGCUCGAAAGGGUGUUCAGCACGAAAGCAGGUGGAGCGCAGCAGGACUGACCCCAACAUGCUCGUCAUCACCUACACCUCCGAGCACAACCACCCAUGGCCGACCCAGCGCAACGCGCUCGCCGGCUCCACCCGGUCUCACCACGGCAAGAACGGCGGUGGGGGCGGCAGCGGCUCAGGCUCCAAAAGCUCGCACAACGAAAAGCAGACACAGAAUCAAAACGUCAAGGAGGAGAGAAAGGAUCACCGGGCCGCAGCGACAACGACGGCGACGACGACCACCAGCACAGUCACUACCACGGCCAGCACUUCUCCCGUGGUCGUGAAGGAGGAGACGUUGGCAGGAUCAUCGUCGGAAGCGCAGGCGAGAGACCAGAGAGCCAUGGACACUGUGACAGGAGUACUGCAGCAGGUCGACCACCGUGAGCUCAUGGACCAGGUGUUCAGCGAGAGCUACAGGCCUAUGAUACCGGGGUCCGGCCAGCACCAUGAGGACUUCUUUGCUGACUUCGCCGACCUCGCCGAGCUGGAGUCAGACCCCAUGAGCCUCAUCUUCUCCAAGGAGUACAUGGAAGCCAGGCCAAGCGGUGGUGCCAGCGAUCAUGGUGGCCAGGAGAAGGCGGUGGCCAAGGAGCUGGAUCCGUUCGACAUGCUAGAUUGGUCCACUACUUCUAGCACCGCAGGGAGCACGUUUGAGCAAGGAAAGAGAGGCUAAAUUACUUGAGGCAGGGUUUACGCAUACGGUUACACACACUUGAGAUCUCCAGCUAAACAACCUUGAAGAUUAACUACCACAAGGUCAGCAAGGAAGAAAGAUGAGAGUUGUUUUUCUUCUACUUUGUUACUUUUCUUAUGUUUGUUCUCUGCUUCUUCUUAUUAUUGCUUGUGAGAGAGAUUGAUUUUUUGUUCAAAGUCUAGGAUAUGAACGGCCUUAGGUUUGUGCCAACUUGUACUUAUGCAUGCGAUGAGGAUCAUCUAUCUCUCGAUACUGUCAUCUUCAUCUGUGCUUGUGUGUUUCUAGCUAAGAGUGUCGUUUAUGGUUAUAUAUAUCUAACAGAACAAGUAGU